GGAUUCACAAUGGAAUCAAGCCUUAAGGAUGUGUUGAAUGUGGGGGAAAAAAUGCUAUCAGGUAGUCUUCAGAAACACAUGAUGAUUCACAGUGGAAUCAAACCUCAUCAGUGCAUUGUAUGUGAGAAAACAUUUACACAAUCAAGUUACCUGCAGAAACACAUGAGGAUUCACACAGGAAUCAAACCUUAUGAAUGUGUUGAAUGUGGGAAAACGUUCACACAAUCAAGUAAUCUGCAGAGACACAAGAGAAGUCACAGUGGAAUCAAGCCCUAUGAAUGUGCUGAAUGUGGGAAAAAAUAUAAACAUUCAAUCUAUCUGCAGAUACACAUGAGGAUUCACACAGGAAUCAAGCCUUAUAAAUGUGUUGACUGUGGGAAAACGUUCACACAAUCAAGUAAUCUGCAGAUACACGUGAAGAUUCACAGUGGAAUCAAGCCUUAUGAAUGUGUUGAAUGUGGGAAACAAUUUACACAUUCAGCUUAUUUGCAGUCACACAUGAGGAUUCACAGUGGAAUUAAGCCCUAUGAAUGUGUUGAAUGUGGGAAACAAUUUACACAAUCAGCUCAUUUGAAGGCACACGAGAGGAUUCACAGUGGAAUUAAGCCCUUUGAAUGUGUUGAAUGUGGGAAAAAAUUUACACAAUCAGGUACUCUCCAGAAUCACGUGAGGAUCCACAGUGGCAUCAAGCAGUGA